UUCGCAGUUUAGGCAGAGUAUGACUCUCUCACUUCUCUGCAAUCAUGAAGGUUCUGGUGGUAGCGGUGCUCUUUCUGGCGGCUGCCCAGGCCAAGUCCGUGGCGGACUUGUCAGACCUGCAGUUCGUCCACAAGUACGUGACCCCGAACCCCCGCCACACCGCGGAGGAGUGGGAGGCCAUCUACGCCGCCGCCGAGGCCGACACUCCAGAGAACACCACUGGACUCGUGCUGGGGACAGUCCCGCAACCUGAGGAUGCCGGGAAGGUGUUCGUGGAGCCUGCGGACCGCAUCAUCGCCGGUUCAUCCGCUGCCCUGGGUCAGUUCCCCUGGCAGGCGCUGCUGAUCCUGGGAGGAUCCGGCCUGUGCGGGGGUUCGCUCAUCUCCAACCAGUGGGUCCUCACGGCCGCCCACUGCAUGGUCGGAAUAAACAGCUACCGCAUCACUCUGGGUGCGACUAGCCGGACCGCGGCCCAAGCUGGGUCCGUGACGGAGAGUGCGCGCCAGGCGAUCAUUCAUGCCAACUACAACGACAACACCCAUGUCAACGACAUCGGCCUGAUUCAUCUGGCUUCAGCAGUCGCUCUCAACAACCACAUCAAUGUCGUCAAGCUGCCCCACAACGCUGGAAACACAUUCGCUGGGUCAGCUGCCACAGUCAGCGGCUUCGGGCGCGUAAACAGCGGCAACAACGCGGUGGCGUCGGUCCUGCAGUACGCCAACGUGGAGAUCAUCACGAACGCCGUGUGCGCGCGCACCUGGGGCAACAGGGUCACGGCGUCCAACAUCUGCAGCCUCGGCUCCAACGGGAGGAGCCCUUGCAACGGCGACAGCGGCGGUCCACUGGUGGUCCACGAGGGCAGCGGCUACACGCUGGUGGGAGCCGUGUCCUUCGGCGUCACCAACUGCCUGCCUAACCACCCGGCCGUGUACGCCCGCAUAACCAGCUUCCUCGCCUGGAUCUCGUCUCACAGCGGCGUCGCCAUAUCCGGACCAGAGAAGGGAACAGUCGUAUUCUCUUAUUCCAUUGGAGUCAUGAAGAUCUUCGUAGCAUUGGUUUUCUUCGCAGCGGCUACUCAGGCCAAGUCCGCUGUCAGCCUGGCUGAACUGCAGUCUGUCCACAACUGGGAUGUUGCUCCAGCGGCGCCCGAAACCAACUACAUCGAGACGAACCCACAGCCUGAGGACGCCGGGAAGGUGUCCGUGGAACACGAGGACCGCAUCGUCGGCGGCACGGCCGCUGCCCUGGGGCAGUUCCCCUGGCAGGCGCUGAUCGUGAGCGCGGCGACGAGCUUCUGCGGCGGGUCGCUCAUCUCCACCGGGUGGGUCCUCACGGCCGCCCACUGCAUACACGGGUACAGCACCUUCCACGUCACCCUGGGCUCCACGAACCGGUCCUGCGCCCAGGCAGGUUGCGUCACGCAGAGCGUCCGCCAGGCAAUCGCGCACGGCGGCUACGACCCCAGCGCCAUCGCCAACGACAUCGGCCUGCUGAACCUGGCCUCGGCGGUGUCUCUCAGCAACCACAUCAAUGUAGUCAGGCUGCCUCGCAACGCAGGCAACACAUACGCUGAUUCAGCGGCCAUUGUAAGUGGCUUCGGAAGAAUAAACAGCGCCAAUAACGACGUAUCGGACAUUCUUCUGUACGCCAACGCGAAAAUCAUCACAAACGCUGACUGCGCUAAAACUUAUGGUUCCACCAUACAAGACACCAACAUAUGCACCACUGGUGCCAGCAAUCCUUGCACUGGCGACAGCGGCGGUCCCCUGGUCGUGAGGGAGGCCGACGGCAAGUACACGCUGGUGGGGGCCGUGUCCUUCGGCAUCCAGACCUGUGUGGCCAGCCGCCCGUUCGUGUACGCCCGGGUCAGCCAGUACCUGGCCUGGAUCUCGUCCACCAGUGGCGUCGUCAGAGCAGCCUAGGGGCUCGCUCGGCCUUGCUGUCUGUACUCAUCAAACUGUCAAAUAAAUUAUUUUUUUAUAAAA